AGGGCGGCUUGAAUGGAACAACAAUAAAUAACACAGCAAAAUCUCUAUCUUCGCGAGUGCGUAAUGCGUGUGUAGCCGUUUCGCGGUGGCUUCUCUUCUUACUUGGUUUAUAAUAAUUCGAGCCGCGCGAAAUCAAUGGUCGACAGAAAAGCAAGUUCACAAACAAGAAAAAGGCUGGCGAAGGCAUUGCAAGAUGAUUUUUGGGAUUGUAGCGUCUGUACCUACAAAAACUCUCCCGAAGCAUUUAAAUGCUCAGUAUGUGAUGUUAGGAAAGGAACAUCAACAAGAAAACCAAGAUUGAAUCAGCAAAUAGUUGCUCAGCAGGAGGCAACAAGAUUAGUUACUAUAACCCAAGUGCCUCAAGCUACUCUUGUCCAUCCUGCUAAAAAAUUGAAAGAAGAGUCUGACAAGUCUCCAGAGCCAUCAGAAUAUAAGAAACGAAAGAGAAAGAAAAAAGCAAGAUGCCAUAUAAAAGGAAUAGACAGAAGCUCUGCGGAUACUUAUACCAUCACAGUAAGAGACAGUAGCAUCACUUUUACAGAAUUCAAACCGAAAAAAUAAACACAGUAUAGAAUGAAAACAUGAGUGAAUUGACACUUGGUUCCAUUCUCUGAUUUUAGAUAUCAUUUUAUUUCGUUUUGACAAAAAUUAAAUACUUCUGGUGUCUAAGUGUUAAAACCUAUGGCAUAUGAUUAGGAGCCUGGCAUGGAAAUAAAUUGCUCCAAAAAUAUUGUUUCAGUAUAACUUUCCUGAUCAUCGCUAUUGGGUGCCACAUUUUAGCAUAUUUUUGCUCUUGGACCGAAUGCUUUCUACAAUCUUUUUGCAUGUUGAGAUAUUUCAUAUUUAUAUCUCGUUGCUGUUGUGAUCAUUGCUUAAUGUCAAUGGUGAAUGGAAUGGUUUGUAUAUUCAUAGACCGAACAAGCAUUAGUGCAACGAACACUUCAUUCCAUAUGUAAACAAGCCUCCAAUUAAAUUUGAUUAUUAGAAUGUCAGUGGUGUCAUUAGUCUACUGACUGCGUUUUUUUCUUUAAUUUUACUUUAAACUCUGUAGGUGGUAUUGUCUGUCUGCUUGUUUAUUAAAUAUCAAGCCUAAGGGAUUAGCCAUAUGACAUUUUAUUUUGAAGGCAAUUCAACAUUUUGUAUAUAUUUGUGUUACUUCCAAGAGGGCUUAAAUAUUUGCUAAGGACAGACAGCAUGAGCCUGACUUCUGUUUGGAUUUUUAACUAUCUGUUAUAUCAUGUUACUAAUUUUCUUAAUAAAACAGUAGCUUUUCAUAUGCAAA